CAUUGUUGUUCUUUUCAAAGCUUUUCUUUUCCGAAAUGGCUACAAUGAGCGACAGCAAUGGAAACGACAGCUUUAGCUCUGCGCUGGACAGCCUCCCGCUAAACAUUUGUUUCCCUCUCACAAAAGUAGAAAUGAAAACCCUGGAAAAGCAAAUGGAUCGAAUUAUUUUAAUACAGCAGGCAGAUACUGCAUACCACAGAGCACUGAAUGAGAUAAAGGCUCAGGGGAGCAUUUCGCUCCUGGUGGAGCCCAGUUUCUACGGAAGACAUCAGACUACGUCUGUUUUGGUGGUGGCCACCGUAAAUGAAACGUACAUUUUUGACAUCAGAGCCCUUGGCUCGAUAUUUCCGGAACUGGCCAAGAUUCUGGAAGCGGAUCAGCCGCGCAAGGUGGUCCACUACAGCCACCGGAUCGCCGAUCACCUGCUGCAUAGGCAACGCAUCUCGUUGGGCGGACUCUUUGAUACCUUUGUGGCUCUGUGCCUAGAGCGCAACGAAAGAUUACCGAUCUCCUUGUCAGAGGCUAUAUCUUUCGUCUUCGGAAUACCCAUGGAUGAAAUCCUCUGCGAGGAGGUGACUGGAGCCUGUGAAUCGCGGCGGAACUUUACCGCUCGUCCCUUGACCCACAGUCAAAUCAGAUACAUGGCCAAGAUGGUCCAGCUUCAGCACAUAAUGCACCAUCGCUUGAAUUGUAGUGAAAUCUUUUGCGCCGAGGUCCAUCGCAUAUCCCUUGCGUUUAGCCACUGUUACUACGGCUUGAGGUCCUGCGAUGUCGCCAUUAACAUGGCACCCGCCAGUCGCUUCGGGUUUCAACUCAUAGAUUCCUUAUACAAAAGUACCGACGAGGAGAUCGAGAAGAGCACCAAAUGAACGAAAUAGUUCGACAGAAAUGUCAUGAAAAAACAUGUGCUGAAAUUAGUCUUAUGUAGUGCAUGUAUCCUUUACAAUUAGGACAUGCAUGAUAUAAUUUCUCAUUUUGGGAGAGCACGACGAGUGGAUAAGUUCAAUUUUAAUUAUUUAUUGUUCCAGAAAGUUUUGAAUUUGGAAUCGAUCCCUUAUUCAUAAAACAAUUCUGAUAUCGCCUUUUUUAUUCGACUAAAAGAAUACAAUAUUUAAAAUGCACUUAUUCGACACGUUUCAUCGAUCACCACUCGUUAACCUCGUUGAGGAUAUGUUUUUUUGAUAAUAUACAAUUUUAGAAGACAAUAAUCCUAUGUAUAAUAAUAUGUAGUAAAACUAUGAAAGGAAGUAGUUUUCAUAAACGUAAUACUCGCAUAUAAAUAUUUAUAAGAAUUUUUAUUUUUUUUUUAAAUUUAUAUAAUUCUUCCCGGCGAAGCAUAUGUACCCUAAAAAAACUAAAAACCCAAAUAAUAACACUAUGAUUAAACAACGAAACUAUGAUUUAUUA